AUGAGUUCCACGAGCAUGAGCACGAUCAAUGGAAUUUCGACGCUGACGGUUGCGGGCUCAAGCGAGCGUGGCGGCGACAACGAGGCGGACACCCUCAAGUCGAUGUUGGCCCAGGAGCGCGAGCUCUUCCAAAAGCAAGUAGCGGCGCUCCGGAAGCAGCUUUCAGAUGAGCACUCAGACAACGUCUCCAUCAAGAAGGUGCUUCAGAUGCAACAGAUGCAGAUGCAGAUGUUGGCCAAGCAGAACGAGUCGAUUCUCAACGACCUCAAGAACCUGCGAGACCACAUGCCGGCCGACCAGUCGACGCCCUAA